CCCCCCCCCCCCCGCCCCCCCCCCCCCCGGCCCCCCGUUCUUCAGAGUCGAGACCGGGAGAAGAGCUGGUCGACAGGUCGAGGGAUGGCCGCCGAGAGCUGCGUCCCGCGGCCCCUGUUCGGCGGCGCCAUCUCCACCGCCUUCCCCGCCCGCUUCCAGGUACAGGACGUGAGCAACAUUCGGGAGGUCCCCGACCAUCAGGAGGUUUUUGUUGAUCCAGCCCGCGAUGAGAGCCUAAUCUUCGAGCUGCUGGACCUCAAGGGCGAGGUGGACGACGCCGGCAGCGCGCUCUGGUUCCUGCGCGACAUCGCGAACGAGCAAGACGCCGGGGACAAUUUGGUGGUUGAGCAUUCUGGGACGCUCGAGCUAGCUGGUUUGCGUCUAGGAGAAGCACCUGCGGUGGCUCGAACUUCGGCCGGCCAGCUGGCAGUCUCAAAAGGGAGGCAGGGCAGAGAAGCGCAGAACAUUGUUCGACUUUACCUGGCAAACAUACGUCUCAAGGAUGCAGCAACCGAUGUACUUAUCACUGCAUACGAGCCGCUGUUGAUAAACCCCUUGAGUGAAAGCGCUGCUGCAGUUACCGCUGGUCCAGCUAUACCUGCUGAACAAGCUGGAUGCUUACCGAUGUCUGAGAUCUUCAAAGUUGCCGUGAUGAAUUUCAAUGUGCAUGAUUGGAACCUUUUCAAUGGAGGCCCUUGAAGUAGCUGUUUUCUUGUUUUAGAUCUAGUCCUAGGUAGUGUCUUACGAACGCCCCUAUGGACAUUCAUCCUCGCAUCUGUAGAAUUUGUCAGCUAAAUUUAGUACAAUGUAGUCAACUGAUCCUGCUUGAUCAGUGGAGCCAAAUCUGUCUUUUAUGCUAAACAUGGGGCAUUUGAAUUGAGAUAUCCGAUAUGAAGCUAUCAAAAUUGUGAGGGAGAUGGUGCUUUUAAGUUUUGCUGGAUGUUUGAAAA